GCACGACAGGUGUAGGUGAAGAAAACGAAAAUUAGAUGCCUCCUGUCUGAGUCUUUGGAUGAAAAGUUCUUCCAGGCAGGGGAACAAUAAAAAACUAUGAAGCAGCCUGACCUGGGUCGCGAGGAGGAAGAUCAGGAUCACGCUUGUCCGCGCACGGUGAUGACGAGGAUGAAGACCAAAAAUCGUGUGAGGAGAAGAAGAACCAGGUCGGCCACCGGAGAUUCCCAGGUGGAGGUGCUGCAAAAGAGUAAGAUGGCCACGCCCCCGGCGUUUGUUCCGGGCUCGCCGGCGUGCUCCAGAAUGCGAAAAUUCCUAUUCCACGCCUGCCUCUUGCUGUUUUUCACGGAACAAGAAUUCUUCCCGAAUCUCCAUGAUUUCCUGUCUAGAUCUAGCAGUACGAGCACGCAAGUGCAGGUUGGGCAGGCGAAUCCGGACAAUACCAGCGAUAUCUGCAUCGGAUUCGACCUGCAAGGUAUGGACCAACC